AGGUGUUGCAUGUGUAUGAUGAGUAGAGCAUUAAAGCGCACAGUGCAAAGGUCAAGAAGACAAGCAAGAUGAUUUGACGUGUUGCUAACAAGGGUAGGUGUUUGAUUUGCAGCAACUUAAUAUUUUCCCAUCGUACGCGUACCUAGUAGGGAAUAUAGCAAAAAAAAUGAACGACUACUGCGGGCAGAACUAUUACCAUGCCAGGCAGCAUGAUUCUCCUGAUCCGCAACCGGUAAGGCGACGAAAACAACAAGCGGAACAACCUUCAGAAUGGAUUGAUGAGGCGGCUGCAGGGGGAGACGAAGAAGUCCCGAUGGAUGUUGAGUUUCCAGGUGCAGAUCAAGAUACAAAUGAUAACUCGUUCAAUUGGAAAUUCCAGGACGAGGACCCGCGCGGGUCAUCAACAGUACCAAGCAAGCAGUGGCGAGCGCCAAAACCACGCGGAGCUCAGUUCAUCGCAGCGCGAGGCGUUUUGCCGCCUCCAGUCGGAGCAAAGCCUAACGUUGGAGCGGUGACGUCAUCGAAAUCUUCAAAUUCCUGCCUAGAAAAUCUAGAAUAUCGUGAAGGUGACGACGAUGGUCAGGAACCGGCUGAACAAGCUCAUUCGUCUACUUCUGGAAAGAACAAUAUGAGCAAGCGAGGACGUAGUAAAGAUAAUUUUCAUGGAGCAGCAAAUCCAAAUGACAAGGACAACAUUAAAAAAGGCGAAGCAACAGGAAGUGGUUGGUCUGCUGGUGAUAAAGACAAAGGUAGAGGUAAGAGUGGAAAAAAAGGCGGGCAGCCUUUUACCGCACUGCCGCAGUGGGUCCAAAAUGGCCUUUUUCCAGGACACGAAAAGUUGCCUCCUCCACGACCGGAACUCCUGAAGCAAUUGCCUGCUCCCAGAGGACCGCGCUGUGAUCCACGUUAUUCCCUGUGGCAUGAGGGCGCAGCUCGGGUCCGACGUCAAGUUUUGGAAGACUUUGAGAAAAGUGAAAUACCAUUGCCUCAGAGAGUACCAGAACAAGUCGAAAUUCCCCGACGAAACCACGGUCUUGAAGAUAGAGAUACAGCAUCCUCCUCCAGCAUGCGAUAUCAUCUGCCAGCAGUAGCUUCCUCAUCCGGCAGCUCAAAAAACGUUGCAGGUAGUCCGACCUGUGCUCCUUUGCAACAGCCGGCUCAUCAUUUUGGGAAUGAUGUACGAUAUCACACAAAUAUAAGUAAUCCUGUUUCUACUCACGGGGCUACGACUAGCACCGGCAAUGCGAAUACAAGUAGCAGCACCGCCAAUAACACGGGAGCGGGCAAUAAAUACCCCAAUGUGAAAAAGCUAACAAAGAUCAAAGAGACUGCAAGAAUGAAAGUGGCAAUGCUAGGCGGGCCAUCAGCAACCACAGCAGUUAAUUACGCAGCCUUGAGUGGUCCGUCUGCGUCUUCUCGAGCGACGACUACCAACGAAGCUACAACAUCAAGCGCGGCCCCGGGCCACCCAGGAGGGACUCGAAGUCUGGAGGAUGAGCUACAACACGCCCAAACACAAAAAGAACACUGGGCACAGAAGUUAGCCGACUUGUCUGCGGCGGCUACCGCACACGCGAGUCAGAUGUCGGAGUCCAAAUUAAUAGCAGCAAAACAGGUGAAGCGCGAUGCGCGCACUCUUGACGAUGUCAAUGCAAUGCUGGCUGAGGAGGGUAAAGAUCCGCUCCUUGUCGAACGACCGAUUGUCCAACCUGGAGCAAAAGGUGGAGUCUUCAAUAUCAACUUGUUGGAUACUGUCAUGCAAUUGCCGGUCCCGCCUGCGCCUCCAGAUCCUGCUAUCCUUGCAAUGAUGUCAAAAAUGAACAAGAUGCCACAGCCUCCACCUCCAGUUGCCGCUCUGCCUGGUGCGCCCGCCUUUAAUUCACUUCUCGGCUACCACCCGCAGGGAAGCCCACGCAUAGAAGCGAAACAUCCCGUGGCGGUGGAUGCCGGUAAUGCUACUCACCUACCCAGACUUCGCAAGAUACCAAUUCCUGAACCAGGUGCGCCAUGUCCCCCGUCUCAUUUUCCUGUACCGGUGAUGCCUACCAAUCUACCACCUCGCACUAGUACUGCUAAUGCUGCUGCCAACAAUAGUGUUGUAGGUGGCCCCUCUUCUUCCAGUAGAGGUUCUGUCAGUCCAUUAUUUACAGCAGCGGCAGCUGUACCAUCGUCAUCCUUUUCAUCCGUUGCGAUAGUAGGUGGAGGUGGUCCUAAAGGAAAAGCUUUCGCUGGUCCACCGCAGCUCGUCAAGGUGAGUCGGUCUACCGGGACCGCCCAGUCCAUGGCUACCCAGCAUCAAAAUCACACCACGAUGACGACAGGCGGGGGAUUCAGCUCCUCUACAACAUCAAGUUCUGCGCCAUCACCACAAGCGCCACAAGUAGUCUAUGAACAUGAACAUGCUGUUGAAUCAAAUACAAAUAGUUCUUGUUCUUCUGCUGCUGCUUCAUCAGAAGAACAAAUCGCAGAUAAUGGUGCUCAUCCGGCUGUCGUUAGGUCAGAACUAGUUCGUCAAAAGAAGGCCGAGAUGAAGCCUAUAGCGAAAAAGGAGGAGUACGAUCAGUGGGUAGCGCAGCGGCCUACCUUUAUACCGGAUGAACUUAUAGUGCGAUUGAUGCGCGAUUUCUAUACAACUAAGUGUCAGCCUGAUCACGACGCCGACGAGAGAUCAAAACACUGCGCGACCUUCUUACGCGAACACCCGGCUCUCUGUUGGUACUUCGACCGCGCGCAAUAUCUGAUAGACCCUGAGGCAGAAGGCCGCACAACACAGCUUUUCUGGCAAACCCUCGCAACUGGAAAAAGGAAUAGUACUUCUUCUGAUUUAGAUUUUCGUUUGGCAAACCAUUUCAAAAGACGUUUUUGUCUUGAGCUCCAUGCGUACAUAGCUGCGCAUGUCAGAUGUACGGACUUGCUAAUUGUAAAUGUGGUUCCGUAGUGUAGUUUUGUAGUACUUGCAUCAUAGUAUUUCAACAGCAGGAACAAGAUCUUCAUGAUCAGUGUCAAAAUGAGUAAUACCUAGAAGCCAUUUGUUUCCAUAGUAAUUGCGAAGGAACCAAAGCUUUGAUCAAUUUCAUAACUUACGGAAAAACUUAAGAUUGUCGCCCCAUCCGUCAGUGCGCACGUUUUGCUCCCACAAUCUCAUCGAUAUGGAAGCUGGUUAUCAGAGCGAUAAGCCGACUGCGUAUCAACUGAAGUGGGGCCCUAGGCGAGCAUAUAACCUCCUUGCGCAGGAAAGGGAGGCGGCAGCCGCUGCCAAGAAAAUUGCUGGGCCUAAUGCGAAAAAUAAGGGCAAACACGCGAAAAGCAAUCAAGCACAGAAUAAAAACGUCACGAAGAAGAAAGCUGCGAUGAAGAGCAAGAACAAAAAGAAUCAAAACAACAACAUGAAGCAAAAUAACAGUGGGCAAGGACAACAUGGCCCCACACUCACACACUUGCAACCUUUUUCGCGGCAGAAGGCUGGGUUGGGAGACUUCAACGCUUCCGACGGACCAAGCGGAAUAACUAUGCCCCAGCAGCCACAUCAUCAUCCCGGCUCAUUGUAUGAUCCGACCGGGAUGAUGCAACAACAAGCCUCGACAAGUGUGGAUGUUGUCGACGAUGACGCGUCGUCCUCUGACGACGAUGGGGAGGAAGACUACAACGAUGCGGAAAACGAUAUCAUUGAUUUUGCGAACAAUCCUUUCGCAUAAGAAUUAUUUGUUUAAAUGGAUCCCCAUUUCCUUGAUAAUCUACGUGGAUUUAGAUCAGAAGACACACAGCUCAUCAACAUGAACAUGUCGAUGACGAGCAGAGGCAGAGGAUGAUACUCAUGAUAUACAGAGUUCCGAUCAUAACGAUGGUGCGUUCUAGCACAUGAUCAUUUUGUUUUUGAUUUUGAUUUGAUUCGCUCGCGAUCCUUCGCGUUGAUUCUUC